CUUGAAUAAGCUGUGUAGCGCUAGCUCCAAAAAAAACUAAACCUGCCCCCCAGGACCAAGUUUGGUAACCCCUGGCUUAGAUGACGUAGCAAGACAUCCACAAUACCAAAAUGGAUCAACAGUUUGAGGACAUAGAUUCGUCGGGGCAGUGGCAAAACCUUUACAAUGAAAUCCGAAACCAAGCCAGUGAAUAUUCAUACAAAAUGGCAAAACUUCCAGAGAAUCGGAAUCUAAACCGAUAUAGAGAUGUCAGCCCCUAUGAUCACAGUCGUGUUAAACUUGAACAUUCUGAAAAUGACUACAUCAAUGCUAGUUUAGUCGUGGUGGAGGAAGCCCAAAGAACCUAUAUUCUAUCCCAGGGACCCCUGAGGAACACCUGUGGUCACUUCUGGUUGAUGAUUUGGGAGCAGAACUCCAAAGCCGUUAUAAUGCUGAACAGAAUCAUAGAGAAGGGAUCUGAGAAGUGUGCUCAGUACUGGCCCACAGCUGAGGAACACCAGUUGUGUUACACUGACACAGGGUUUGUUGUGACGCUGGUGAAAGAAGAGGACAAGUCCUACUACAUCAUACGAGUGCUGGAGCUGAGGAAUACAGAGACAGGACGAACCAGAGAGAUAUACCACUUUCACUACACCACCUGGCCUGACUUUGGCGUCCCAGAAUCCCCGGCGUCCUUCCUCAACUUCCUGGUCAAGGUGCGGGAGUCUGGCUCAUUGGGGGCGGAGCAUGGGCCCGCCGUGGUCCACUGCAGCGCUGGGAUUGGACGCUCGGGGACCUUCUCAUUGGUUGACACAUGUCUCAUCCUGAUGGAUAAGAGGAAGGACCCGUCGUCGGUGGACAUCCAGAGGGUUCUGCUGGACAUGAGGGAGUACAGGAUGGGUCUGAUCCAGACUCCUGACCAGUUACGCUUCUCCUACAGGGCAGUCCUGGAGGGAGCCAAGUGCAUCGUGGGAGACUGCUCUGCACAGAGCCAGUGGAGAGAUCUGUCCAGAGAGGACCGAGAGACAGUGUGUGAGUCGCCCCCUGCCCCCCCUCCCAGGUGUCUCCCCGCCCCCCCUCCACCCCCACCACGGCCUUUAGACACCCCUGCCCCCCCGUCCCCCAGUCGGCCCUCAGACAAGCCCAACGGCCAGCCGCUGCCCUGUGUGGAGCCUGAGGCUGUGGCGUUGUCCAGAGAGGACGGGACAUCAGGAGACGGGCCAGAUCCAGACAGCUACAGCUCAGAGAAGGACCGGGCGGAGGUGACGAGUCUGAGGAGGAGACACCGGGAGGAGCGGAUCGCCAGCACGGCCCAGAAGCUGCACCUAAUGAAACAGAGACUGACGGACACAGAGAGGCAGAGAGAGCGCUGGCUGUACUGGAGGCCUAUCCUGCUCAACGUGGGGGCUGGAGCUGCCGUGGCCUUGGGUCUAAUGGUGGUUUGGUUCUUCUCCCAGUGAUACCCCCUCUCUCUGUCUGAGCUGCCGUGGCCUUGGGUCUAAUGGUGGUUCUUCUCCCAGUGAUACCCCCUCCCCCUCUCUCUGUCUGACACACUGACUCACUCUUCUUUGUUGCACCAGUACCUGGGACACGGAACCCUCUCUCUCUUUUAGGGACAUUCUCAUGUUCUGUCUGUGCAUAACAGGGAUAUUUAUUUCUACAGGUCAACCAGGGUUGGGGUUAAUUCCAUUUAGAUUCCUGUCAAUUCAGGAAGUACACUGAAAUUCCAAUUUCAGUUCUCUUCAAACCUUUUCAAUGAUGAACAUUUUGAGUUUGGUUUACUUUCUGAAUUGACUGGGAAUUUUAAAUGGAAUUGAGCCCAACCCUGGUGAAAACGUCAGAGCGCUAGAUGAAUCCUCCCAGUGUAUAUUUAGAUUGAUGUUAAAGAUCUUCCUGGUAAGACGUUCUCUCAGGAUCUUGGUGCUUCAGUUAGCAGCACCUGAUGAAUGUACUGUAGGAAACCAUAUGGAGCAGCAGCAUAAAUGACAUACUAAAGGCUCAGUACUUCACAUUUACUUUUCUUCCAUUCUUUAUUUCAUUUUAAAGGUCAGAUUGAUUGAUUUGAUGUACAUAUUUUGACAUGAAGCAUUUCAAAGGCUGUGUUUUGACCUUUUGAUCCUCCCAUAGAGCUCACAGUGCAACAGGAACAUAGAGGUCAGAGGUAUAACAGUAGAGCUGUUCUCUAACCAACAACAUACUUUGCUCCUCAUAAUGCUCAUGGUGCAUGCUUUGAGAUGUUUUCCAGACCAGACAUGGUUCUUCCACUGUGUCAGCAGGGCAAGGACCAGACAGAGUUUGAUCUGAACGCUUUCGGUCAAGUGCUCUAUUGAUCGUUCAAACACGAAUCAAUUAAUACAUUUUCUUUAAAAUAUGUACAGAACAAACGGAUAUCACAUUUACAUAAGUAUUCAGACCCUUUACUCAGUACUUUUGUUCAAGCACCUUUGGCAGCGAUU